UGGCAUCCCUGGUCAAAACCGGGAGUAGUUUUGUUUUUAGAGUAUUGUGAUAAGGAUUUUGCUGUAGGAUUCUGUAAUUUUUACAAUGUUUAUUACCAAUAUUUUAUUGAAAAAGGCGAAGAGCAAAAAUAUUCUCGUGCUGAUGGAAAGUGCUGUCAGUGGACAUCAGUUUACGAAGAUCCGAGAGCGAUUGGCUGAUAAAUUGGAGCUGAUUCGAUUUGACCCAUACAUACAACGCAACUGUCUUUAUAGAGAACGUAGACGUGUCAGAAGUUUGGAUUAGAAUUACAAUGUUUAACUUUGUUUAAAUUAAAUAGAGCUGCUACAAUAGUAUGAAA